AUGUCUGUAUUCUGGAACACGGUGCUUCUCAGCGGACUAUCUGUUGUUGUUUGCGCGCUUUACUUUAAAGUAUUGGUUCGAAGUGUUGUACAGUUCUUUAUAAUUCCACCAUCAAACUACAAGAUCCGCAUCAAAAAGGCAGUAUUAAGUACAGGUUCUGAUGGGAAUAAAACGCCAGUACUUGAUUUUUCGUGGAAGAAUGGUGCUGUUAGAAGAAAGCUAUUAUUGGCUGCUGAAGAACCUGGCGAAUACUCUAACAAAGAGCAUGGUAAUAGAAUCAAGAUUGCAAACGCGGAAAGAUCUAAUAUAAAAAAAUUCUUAGAAAGAAGCGAAAAGACUUCCAAAGUAUUGUUUGGGUUCUUCCACCCUUAUUGUAAUGCUGGAGGUGGUGGUGAAAAAGUGUUAUGGAAAGCUGUUGAAACCACUUUACAGAACUCUGCUGAUAAUAUAGCACUAAUAUACACAGGAGAUAAGGACACUAAUGCUGAAGAUAUACUAAAAAAAGUAAUUUAUACCUUUGGUUACAAUUUGGAUCCGAAAAGAAUAGCCUUUAUUUACCUAGAAAAGCGCAAAUGGGUUGAUAGCGCUAACUGGCCUUACUUUACAUUAAUUGGCCAGGCUAUUGGUUCGAUAGUCCUAGCUACCGAGGCAGCAAUCAAUUGUCCUCCAGAUGUAUGGUGUGACACAAUGGGCUAUCCUUUUGCUUACCCUUUUGUCAAAGGAUUUCUUAAUAUACCAGUUGUCUCAUACACCCACUAUCCGGUGAUCUCUACCGACAUGAUAAAUAAAUUACGCAAUAUGUAUGGUUUCAAGACAAAUUUCAGUAUAAUGGCGAAAUAUGUCUAUUGGAAGCUUUUCAUGAGUUGCUACAAGUGGCUGGAAUCGUCUGUUGAUAUAGUUGCAACGAAUUCGACAUGGACUAACAAUCAUAUCAAAGCCAUUUGGCAAUCGCAUCCUUCCAUUAAAAUUAUUUAUCCGCCAUGUUCAACUGAAAGUUUUGAGUUAAAAGAAAGUUCCGAUAAAUGGGAAAGAAAGCAUCAGGCUGUAGUUGUUGCCCAAUUUAGGCCCGAGAAGCGCCAUGAGUUAAUUAUACGGUCGUUUGCUAAGUUCCUCAGGAGUGCACCUUCGUCUGACAUGAAACUCGUCUUAGUCGGAUCAACCAGGGGUCAAGAAGAUAAAGAUUACAUUAGCAGAUUAGAGCAUAUUGCAUAUGUGGAACUACAGAUUCCAACGUUUAGAUUAUCUUUUCAGGUUGAUUGUAAUUAUGAACAGGUCAAGCGGUAUCUAAGAGAAUCAUCAUUUGGCAUAAAUGCUAUGUGGAACGAGCAUUUCGGCAUUGCAAUCGUUGAGUAUGCGGCCUCUGGUCUAAUAACACUUGCCCACGCAUCUGCAGGGCCAUUGUUAGACAUUGCGGUACCAUGGGAUGUUGACACCAACACACAGGCAACUGUUGCUAACAAAGAAAACAGAACUGGUUUCUUCUUUAAGGAUAAAAGUGACCCAGAUUAUCGCCAUACCGAUUCUACGUCAUUCCCAUCAUUAGAUGAGUUGCUAGUCCUUGUAGAUAAACUAUCAGACAAAGAGAAAAUAGGUGUCGCAACAAGAAGCAGGCUAUGUGUAUUGCAUAAGUUUUCAGACUCAAAAUUUUCAGAAGAAUGGACACAUGUUUUGGACGAGGUUCGUGUACUAGUUCAAAAGUAUCCCAUCGAGCAGUAA